UUUAUUUAUUCGCGUUCCCUGCCUGUUUCGAGCCUCCAGCCUUAAUAACCCGGCAUUCUCUCCGCCGCUCGCCCGCUCCGCGUCCGGCGGCCCGCGUCGCCUCCACUCCCAAUUAGCCUAUCGUGUUCGACGCGAGCGAACUCGCUCAGAUCAGAGUGUUCCCUGAUCCGGUCCCAAUCUUUUAUUGGAUUUUGUGUUUUGGUAGGGGAUCUAGGGUUUGUCGUCGAAUUCCGCCUCGAAUUUUAGGGUUUGCUUCGGAUCGAUUCCGUUCCGUGGGAUUCUUGCUUGCAGCACUCCAUGGCUGCGGCGCGGCACGGGGGUUAUAGGAGCUUCGACGUGGCCAGGAGGCGGGAGUUCGACCUGGAGCGUUCUAGGAGGAGCAAGGAGUACCGCCACUCGAGCCGCCACCGCGACUCGGAUCGCCACCGUGAUGGCAGCAGGGGCCGUGAAGUGCCCAACGGGUACAUCCGCCACCGCUCGCCGUAUGCGCCACCGAAGAGCCGACCUUCAAAAAGGAAGGACGAUAAGGAGCCUGGUGAGGUCUCAAGCGAUAGCGGCUCGGAGUCUGGUGGGCGCCCACCAGUGCUGAGGGAGGAUGGGGGUCUUGGGGUCUGCAGGGAUGGAGGUGCGUUGCCAGCAAGCAAGAAGAGGAAGCACUCACCUGGAUUCCACGAUACGAAUGUUUCAAAGCUGCGGGCAAGAGAUGAGGUGUGGAGCAGGAGAGGACCUGAUGCCAUAGCUGCGGAGCUCCCUCUUCCUUCGCCGCCCCCUAUGUCUGCGGUUGGUGGGUGCUCACCAAUGGAUCCAGAAGUUUUGGUAGUUCCAAAUGAUGCUGAAAGGAUGGACGCGAUUACUGAGGGGGAAGAGGAUUGUGCAACGAGAAACAUUUUUACUUCAAGGUGGGCGGAUGCUGCUGAAGAGGAGGAAGUGGUGAUUGUGCCUAAGAAGAAGAAAAGUGUGCCACCUGCUCAUUUGCCUGAACAGAAAUCCACAAAGAAAAUCAUGGGCUCAGAGCUGGGAGAAGCGAUGGGCAGUAAAACAUCAAGAAGUUCCUCAAGUUCGUCUAACUCAAUGGGUAGUGAAAACUGGAAUAUCGAGGUAGACGAGGGUGAUGGCAUUGAUUCUUCUGUUGGUUGUUCGCUGGAUACUCAUUCCAGGAGCAAUAUGCGUAGGUCUGGAUCACCUGAGGUUGUGCGAACACCACGUAGGUGCUUUAACAUGCUUCAGGGCUGUAGGAGUAUUGAUGACUUUGAGAGGAUCAACACAAUCAAUGAGGGUACAUAUGGAGUCGUAUUUAGGGUGAGAGACAAGAAAACUGGUGAGAUAGUUGCUUUGAAGAAGGUCAAGGUAGAUAAGGAAAAUGGACGGGAAGGGUUUCCAUUGACUUCUCUCAGAGAAAUCAAUAUCCUUCUAUCCUUUGACCAUCCUUCAAUUGUGGAUGUCAAGGAAGUAGUUGUUGGUGGUCAUGACGAUGAUACUUUUAUGGUGAUGGAAUACAUGGAGCAUGACCUUAAGGGUGUCAUGGAGGCGAUGAAGCAACCAUAUAGCCAAAGUGAGGUCAAAUGUUUGAUGCUUCAGCUGCUAGAGGGCGUGAAGUAUCUUCAUGACAAUUGGGUACUUCACAGGGAUCUCAAGACAUCAAAUCUCCUCUUGAAUAACCGCGGUGAGUUGAAAAUAUGUGACUUUGGACUCUCUCGUCAAUAUGGCAGCCUGCUAAAGCCUUACACCCAACCAGUUGUGACUUUGUGGUACAGGGCUCCGGAACUACUAUUAGGAGCAAAGGAGUAUUCGACUGCUAUCGAUAUGUGGUCAUUAGGUUGCAUAAUGGCAGAACUCUUGUCAAAAGAGCCACUCUUCACUGGGAAGUCUGAGAUAGAUCAACUUGAUAAGAUAUUUAGAAUACUCGGCACACCCAAUGAGGAGCGGUGGCAUGGUUGUUCCAAAUUGCCUGGCUUCAAAGGCAACUUCGUAAAGCGACCGUACAAUAGAUUAAGGGACAAAUUUCCAGCUGUAUCCUUCACGGGAGGCUUGACCUUGUCAGAAGCUGGGUUUGACCUGCUAAAUAGGUUGCUGGCAUAUGACCCUGAGAAGCGCAUAUCUGCUGCUGAUGCCUUGAACCAUGAGUGGUUCCGUGAAGUUCCUCUGCCCAAGAUGAAGGAAUUCAUGCCAACUUUUCCUGCUCUGAAUGAACAGGACAGGAGGAUCAAGAGAUACAUGAAGAGCCCUGACCCCCUGGUGGAGCAACAGAUGAAAGAACAAGGGAGCAUAGGAGAUCAUGGCCUUUUUGACUGAUCUGAAAGCAGACAAGUCUUGCUGCAAAUGACAGUUUUUGAGUGAGUAAACAUGUUGCAAGGUGAGGUGUACAACUGGACAGAGAAGUAUCCCGUCUACUUGGUGUGCGGUGACAGCUUAUUGUGUUCUAUAACAGGCUAAGAGAUCAAAGGGGAACAUAAAUUUUACUUAAGUUCCAUGCAGCUAGUGUUCAAAUGGCAGGGUUAGCUCUCUACGAGAACUGUCAUAUUCUAACCUAUCAUCAUUAUAAGUUGCAGAUGUAAUGCAGUUCGUCUAAAAGGUUUGGCCUUGCGUACACCAAGUUUCACCUCUGAUACUUGUAAAGUAUUAUAAACUGUUGACUUGUAAUCAGUAAUCAAUGAGAUAUUAGUGACAUCGUAUUUUAUUUUCUCUUUUCAAGUAGUGCAUCUUCUUUUGAUCUUUUGAUUGUCUUUGCAAGAGUUGAAUGAAGUGAAGGAACCGGUGCAUUUUUAUUUUCGCAAGGAAAUCGAUACUCUCUUAAUGGGAAUUGUAAGGUAAAAUGCUGAGGAGCCUGUUCCCUCUGCUGAUUGUUAUUGUGUAAAAAUGUGGUGAAUCUAUAUCUUUAUGAAUUCUCAUUUAAAUUUGCUAAAGGAUCUGGUUUGUACUGAACAAAGCUAGAUCUAUCAUAAUGCCCUUUGUUGCUUCCUUUAGUUAGCUUGGUGUUUUUCAUGCCUCUUAGUUCACUGGAACUUUUUUAUUAUCCUUGAAACAGCUUGAUGACCGAGCUAUCGAUGUGGUGAUGGCUAAUAAGAAAGUGAUAGGAGUUGUGCUCGGCUUUCUUUCCUUCUUUGCCAAGGAUAUUCUUAUGAACUUAUCUGAAAAAUGAAAAAAAACAAAGCUUUGCAUCAUCUUUACCAUAGUUGUUAAGGCGUCCUUGAAGCGUCGCUUAGGCGACGCUUAGGCGGUAAGGUGUGCAGCAGUGGCAAGGCGUCCCUCUCGCCUUAGACCGUAGACUAAGACAUCAUGGCGCCUUGAGCCCUUGAAGCUUGCUAAGACAUCGAUUUGAAGACGCCUUGAAGGUCUGCAGGGAUGGGUAAAGGGCCUGCUGCAACCUGACCCGAGCACAAAGCGAGUGGGAUCUGUAGCGUUGUCGUUGGUCUGCGGCGGAUCUACAGCUGUGGGGGUGUUGGUCUCUUGGCGCCGGCGGCGCCCCUCCCCUCCGUGAGCUCUCCAGGCAGAAUAGAGGAAGGAGGGAAGAGGAGGGGGGCACGCCCAUAGCAGAUUUGGUGGCGGCGACUGGGUGCUGGCAGUGGCAGUGAGUUGAGCGUUGGCGGCGGCUGCGGGAAGAGCAUGCUGCCAUAGGGAGGGAAUGGGAGGGGAGGGGAAUAAGUGGCUGGAUGUGUGGGUAACCUAAUUUUGAUGGGCUGUUGGGCUGCCUGGGCUAACUGGACUUCUAUUAGCUACUAUAAAACUAUUAUCUAUAUCUUUUUGAGACUAUAUUCCUAUAUAUAUAUAUAUAUAUAUAUAUAUAUAUAUAUAUAUAUAUACACACAUAUAUUCUAUUUUAUUGUCUAUUUUGUUAUAAUACUAAAGCCUCGCCUCGCCUUAGGCCUUAUCGCUUAAAAGGUAAAAAGGGGGUCGGUCGCCUUACCUCGCCUUGCCGGCGCCUUAACAACUAUGAUCUUUACUCAAUAUAGAUAGAAGCGAUACCUUGACUUCUUAGGCCAUCUGCAACAGAUCCCCUAUUUCAUCUUUAUCUCAUUCCCUAUUUCAAACUCCAUUUUGCAAACAGUGUCAUCUAUAGUGUUGCGUCCCCUAUUUUACACAAUCCACUGAAGACAAUCUUAAAUUGCUUCGGUUGUCCUCUUUGCUAACCAGAGUAUACCACUAUUUCUAACCUUUUGAAGAGACAAACCCAUAAGAGACAAGGGAUGGUACUGUCGGCUACCUGCAAGCUUACUCAUCCCUAUAUUCUAUUUUAAACUCCACUUCUAUUAGCUACUAUAAAACUAUUAUCUAUAUCUUUUUGGAGAGCGAAGCGGCUGCGAUCCAAUUUCUAAGAGAGGAGUGGAAUCGUUUCAGUUUCUGUUUGGGCCCACCGCAAAGAGAGGGAGAAGUGGAAUGGUGGGAUUCGACCGUUUUUUGGAGCAAGCUCGUCCCAAAUAUGGUGGGAAUAUUCCCGAUUUAGAACCACCUCGCUCUCCAACUAAACGGACCCGUAAAUUAUCAUUGCUUCAGCAGUCAUUUCUUGUGAGAAACUACUGUAUUGUCAUUAGCUUUCUUUCCUGCAUUUGUUAGGCUACACCUUUCUUUAGGAAUAGUAUAUAUGCUCUGUUAGACCUGGUCUUGAUGAUUUCUGUUACCAAUUAGACUUCAAUUGAUGGCUGAUUCUUGGACUUCAUGGGAAGUUUAUGUAACUUACUUUAAAUAUUAGGUAGACCUGGUCCUGAUGAUUUCUGUUACCAAUUGAACUUCAAUUGAUGGCUAAUUCUUGGACUUCAUGGGAAGUUUAUGUAACUUACUUUAAAUAUUAUGUGAAACGUCUGCAGCUUAAAGCUGUGGCUGUAUCAAGAGAUGAAGGGUUCACGGAUGCCAGAUUACAUACCUAACUGACUUUUUUUGUGGUCGGUCCUCCAAAGGUCUCAUCUGUAAUUGUGAAUCCAAGUGAGUUGAGCUCAGCUCUUUUGAAUACUUUGGUAAUCCCUGCCCUCUUCAUCUUCCCACUCCAGUUCUGUUUCAUCAGCUCAUCAUGAUUUAUUUAUCAUUCCUGUGAUUCAUUGCACGAUCAUUAUCAAUUUGUUUCUUUAUUUGCAUGGACAUUAACUGUUACAAAAUGCCGCCUUCGCCCUCCUGUGCCCACCAUAGUUGCCACGUGUUCUGGGAUCUAUGCUUAUUAUUUCUUGGAUAGUUAUUGAGGCAGGUAAAAGAAUAAGGUUAAGAAUAUGUUAAAUUACUCCUUGUGCUUUGGUUAGAUGAUAUUACCAAAAAUAUAUGUUGAGGUGUAAGACAAUUCUGGGUUUAAGUGUUUAUUCUCAAACGGUUGAUCAAUCAUGGUUUUCCACUUCCAAGCUUGAUCCUAACCAAUCCUUAUGUGAUUUAAUUGUCAUAUUUUGCCACUCCUUCCUAUCAUAAAAACAUGCCGUUUAGGACAAGAUUUGAUCAAACCUUAAAACUUAAAAGCUACAAACAUUUAUAACUUCUAAUUUAUUUAGUUUAUGAUUGCUGUGUCUUGCUUUGUCAGCUACCAUUUUUUUCAUGCCAUAAAAUGGUGGAAUUGCCUGUAGAGUUACAUAAAUGCUUUCUACUAACCUAAGUUGAGAUGUGUGCCAAUGUAUCACUGUAUCAGGUCCCAAUUCCACUUGUUAUACCAUCUUUUUUCUUCACUGGGGAUUGUUUUUGAAUAAUCUGCUGAUAAUACCGCUCCGUUCUUUUGAGCUUUUAUAAUCUGCCAGAGGUAACUAGUUGACUAUAAAAUCUGGGAGGAUGCUACCAUGUGAAUUAUGUCUUUCUUUUUACCUAGUUGGGUAAAAUGCGCUAAUGGUUUGCUAUGCCUAAAUAUGAAUUCGAGUUGACUAUGUUCCUCAUUGCAAUGUUUGUGGCACACAGGUAUAGCACUUCUAAUUACUCCUGUGAGAUGGCUAAUAUUUCCGUGUUUUUUAUUGGGUUGAUGUGUUCAUAUGAUUUUGUUAAGAACAACAGUAAAAUACAAUGAAUCCUGGAAAGCAAGUUGUGCUAAGUUAUAUAAUUUUAGUAAAACGUAUUCAUGUCUUUGAUACUGAUGUAAUUCUGAAUUUCUGAUGUGAGAUUCCAACUUAAGUACCUAACUGCUUUCCCAGUUGCCUGAACUUGUAGGGUAUUUACCAUUCUUAUGUCACUUCUCUGAACUUGCAUGAUAUUCACCAUUCGUAUGUCAUUAUAAUAGCAUCUUACUGUCCCUUGCAUUUGUAGUUGCUUGGAAUUAUGACGUCUUUAGCACGAUCUGAAGUAGGGAGUAUAUGUACCACAGAACGUCUAGGAAUUUUGUUGUAGCAGUUCAUCUGAGUAUAUCCACUUACUCUUACCAUGUGCGAUUAAAGUGCACUUGAGUUUGUUUACAGCUUGAAAUGUCCGCACUGGUAGCAGACAUGGCAGAUUGUUAGGGCACCUAUGGAGACGACGUCAAACACAUUUGAAGUUAGGUGAACUUGAAUAUCGACGGAGGGCAGCUGAUAAUUUAUGUUGGUCAGUGAAUUGAAUAACUAUCUUGACUUAUACCUCCGAACUAGGAAAGCGCAAUUCUAGUUCUCCUGAGUGAAACCAUCUAAAGGUAGAUCAAAUUCAUGGAAAAAAUAUCAAUAUUUAUGACAUGUAACAGGUAUAUUAUGAGAGUAUUUUUUAAUUAAGAAUCUAAUAUUUUUAUUU